CUUGUAUUUUCUCAUUAGGUCCAUCUGUGAGAUAGGAAAGUGCCCAGCAUGUAUCAGCAACUACUUCAUUGUCAUCAUAGUUAAUCAGGUAAGCCAAGGCUGGCAAGAGCUGAAUAUGAAGAAUAAUAAUAUGCAGUUCAAUUAGAAAAAUAUAAUAAUAUAUUGCAUCAAGAGUGAUGAAAUUAAAUUAGAAUAAUUGUUUGGAACUUUUGGUAUCAAAUUUUUUUGACUGACCUGUUGAACAGCAGCAAAUGGUGGAGGUGGAUUCUUGUUUCGACAAAGAUUUGAUACAGUCCAUGUGAUAUUUCGCAGAUAUGAUGCCUGCCAAAAGGUUAAAAAUAAUAAUUGCAUCGUGACAACUAUCAGUUAAUUAACUGAAACUCUCUGAAAAACUAAUUGAGAAAUUCUAACUCAACUAUUACCUGCAAAGCAGGUUUCUGCAUUAAUUCUAGUAAUUUUUGCACAACACAGUAUUCUGGCGUCAAUACUUUGUCUCGUAAUUUUGGUCCAUCACCUAAUAAUUAUAAAAAAAUAAUUUUAGAUUAUGAUCUGUAUUUGGUAGUCAGAGCUAAAUGAUAGCAAUGCCAAAUAAAAAGUAUGUUUGCCUCACACACCUGCAAUGUUGCCAAUGGCCCAAACUGCCUGUUCUCUUACUUUUUCAUUGGGUGAAGACAAUAGUUGGAUGAAAUAUGGUAGAGCACCUUUAAGACAGUUGGAAUAUAUUAUGUUACAUUAAUACAAAAUAAGGAAACACUCUCUUGAACAUGUGCAACUGUUGUGACACUAUAACUGUAGUAAGCUUACCAGCAUUUAUAACUAUCCAUGUUUGGUCAGAUGUUCCAGAAGCGAUGUUUGUCAAUGCCCACGCUGCUUCAAACUGUAUAUCAGAUCUGAUCAGGAUGAAAGAAAUGCACAAUUUUUCUAACAAAGAAUUUAUUUGACACAGAUUGUUUAUAAACAAAUAUAAGGUUGUCAAAAACUUACACAUUUGUCUUCAAGCAUUCAACUAGUUUUGGGACAAGACCAGCUCUGAAAAGAGAUACGAAUUGAACUCAAAACAGUUGCAAGUGCAGGGAUAAAACUUGGUAAAGAAUAAUAUGUUGCGAAUAAUAUAUUUUGUAAUCAGUACAUACUGUAUAACGUCAUUUAUUGGAGGAUUUUUUUCUCUCGACAACAUUUUCCUGUUAAAAUUUUAAAUUAUAAUUUGUCAAUCGUGUUUCCCUGUUCCCAGUAAUUGAACUACAUGCAUGCAUAAAAUGCAAAAUGUAGAAAAUGCAAAACAGCAACCAUUAUACGAUUACCAUAUACAUUAUACCUCGAUGCUUGCACGGCGGCAAAAAUUUGAUCCUGUGUACUGUCUGCUGAUAACAGGAUUUGAUAGAUUUGUGCAGGUGACAGUGACAGGGAAUUAUUUGCUGAAUUUUCUUGUAAUGGUUCCACAUUGGAUACAUUCCUUCGUUUCAAAAUUUGAUCAUCACGCUUAGACUAGAGUAUAUGGAUAUGGUUAUUAUUAAUACAGCAACUGUGCUGGCCUUUGCCAAAACUAGAAUUACACCUAGAUGCAUUUCCAAAUUAGCCUAGACCAUUACGGGAUUUUUACCCUAAUUGUGAGAUCAGAUUGAUUUUUCAUUGGUUAACACCAACGUUUGGCACCUUCUAUAGUUACUAUUCUCCAUACUCUUGUUCAAUGUAUUUAUCCAUGUAUGUUGUGUACAAUAUUGUCAAGUUAACUAUGUGCCAAAUUAAAGUGGUUUUAAAAAAUAAAUAAAUUAUUAAGGGGGGGUGGCAAUAUUUUGAAUGGUUAGCACUAUUUUCCAUCCAGCAAACUGCCUUAUCGAAUUUCUAAAGUUGUUUCUUUUUGGAUUUUUUUAUUAAUUCGGUUAGGGUUAAGAGCUAGGGUUGCAGUUAGGGUUAGAGUAGGGGUAGGAUUUGGGUUAGUUACAUAGCCAUUUAACACCUCUCCAUUAUCCGAAAAUGACGUCAGGUCAAUUUGCUGGAUGGAAAAUAGUGCUAACAUUUUGAAUGUACACAUUUUAUAUUAUUUCGUUAAAAAUAACACUACUUUGAGCAAAUAAUUGAGCAAGCCGUUGCUUAAGUAUAAAAAGUUGAGAAAGGAAAAGCAAUAGACUGACAUGAAUGAGACUCGAACCUGCGACCAUUAUUUCGCCGUUCACAGCUCUGACUACUGAGAUAAACUUCAUUAAUUAAUUUUACGAUGAUUUAUGUAUUGACAUACCUUUCUUAGUUCGAUUGUGACUUCGUUUCGUCUUCUUCUGCACUCCUAAAGGAAGAAAAGACAAUUUCUGUUGGCAAUAUACACAAGAAAGCAAUACCAGUAUUGGGAUUCAGAGACAAAUUUUGAAAUUAAAGUCAAAAUGUUUUGAGCAGUAAAGGCGCAAUCUCUCGACUCACAUCGUCUUUUCCCAUAUUUUUAAAGUUCCUUAAGCGAUUAUGAGUAUUUUCUUUUCCAACAACAGGCAUUUUGAUAUAUUUUUUAAACAAAAACUGUACAAAUUUAUCACACAAAGUUCAGCAACGAACGGAAACAACACGAGGCUUGUUCUGUGAGUUGGCAAAAAGUGCUUCAAUUUAACGUUCGUUCCAAAUCCAUAAAGAUCCAUCUUGAUUGGUUGAGCUACAUUUUAGCCAAUCAAAUUUCAAUAUGUUUCAACGGUUUAUCUAACGAAAGUAUUUCAUUGGUUGGUUUAAUUUUAAAUCCCUGCGGACAUCAAUACUGCUGUCUCAGCUCACUUCCCCUUGGAUACGAAAACAACUUCUGUAUAGAAACCAAGAUGGCGGGAGUGAGUGCGAAAAUAUUCACAUGUUUUAUUAAAUUGAUUUUUUAAAGACAUAGGAUGUCUAAAGGAAAGCGGACAAAAAGUGGUUCUGCUCAUGAUAUUAAUAAGUGGGAAAAUGGCUUAGUUCAAGCAGUAGUUAACGAGGUAAAUAGCUUGAAAAUAUAAAUUAAAUUGUGGCAUAAAAUGAACUUGUUAAUUUUUGUACAAGAAAGUAAUGUUUGAAACAAGUAAUAAUUUUGUACAAGAAAGUAAUGUUUGGCGUAAUAAUAGUUCUUACUGUAUAAACUUUCAAUAGUUCUAUUUAUGUACAUUUUAAAAUUUAUUUUCAAAAGGAUGCAUGGAAAACAUGCGUGUUUUUUCUCAUAUCAAACAAACCUGAAGACAAUGUUUUGAUCAACAUUUCAUCUGAAGUAAUUUCCACUGGCUUAAGAAAGUUGUUCAGUAUCAUUUCAAAAGAACAACUCUUAAAAGAGGUAUGUUUAAGAUGUAAAGGAAUUUGGUAGGAAGUUGGUAUGAUGUAUGGUAUUUUGUGUGGUAUGGUAAGGUCAAGGUGUAAAAAUAUAUGGUAAAUAGUGUAGUUGAGACUGGUGUGAAUGAAAAUAACAUAUUAUGGUUUAGGUGAAAGACUUUGCAAAGGCAAUAGGAAGUGGCGGAGGUAAAGGGAAGCCAGCAGUAAAACUGCCAGAAUUUGUAGAAAUCUGUGAACAAGUGAAACCAUUCAUAGACCAAGGAGAGGACAUUCCACCCAGCUUACUUGCAAAACUUCUCAAGUUUAAACUGCUGCUGUUGAAAACCAAGGACAUUGAGAGACUUGAGGAAGCAAAGAAGGUGAUUUCAGUUUCAUGGCUUGGCAUUUUUUUGUGGUUGUAUAUUAAUUCUGUUAGUCGAAGUUCUGAAAUGCACACCCCUGAAAGUGUCGCAUCCCACUAUAACCACCACCUAACAAAACAAAAAGACAAUCCUUUAAAUAUUAAGUAAUUGCCAGAAAUUUUCCCAACAUAGGAAAAGGCAAAAUCAGCAAGUGGAAAGAAGGGAGAUAAGAGAGCAGAGAGUCCAGGAAAGAGAUCUAAAUCUCCAAAGAAGAAGGGAAAGAAAGGUGAAGCAGAGCGACCUCCAUCACCAAAGAAGGACACAAAACUUAAGAGACGAGGGGAAGUAGAGGACACUUUUAAAACUAUAGGUUAG